UUAUUGCUGCCGAGCGAAGCGAAGGCAGCCACCUAUUCUUGACGACGUUUACAGUUUUUACUCGUGCCAGAUCCCCGCGCGACCUAUGUAUUUUAGCCAAAGCAAUCUCGAUUUGUUUGUCGUUCGUUCGUUCGUUCAUUCGGGUCGCAUUUUCUGACGUCACGAGAAUGGCGUUGUGUACAUUUAUAUACGCAGGAAGUUUACGAUGACAAUCCGAUCACUUCCGAAAGCUGUGUUCGGUGCACCGUAGCUUCAUAGGAGCUAUGACAUUUAAUGUCAAAAUGACCAUUUGGGAUUCGCAUAUUUUUCCACUGUGGUACGAAUGCACGAGGCUUAUUUUACAAUAUUACUCUUUGAUUCUGGAGGAAAAGAGUUAUAUUUUUGAAGGUAUGUUGAUAAAAAUAGUUAUUUGAACGUUUGAAUACUUAUAUAUGUAAAUGAACGUCAUAGUCUGUUUUUAAUUCAUUUAUAUAAAAAUUCGAAUUCUGUCUCCUCUAGGUGUAUAUUUUGGUGUGUGUUCUUGGCGAUCAUUUGGUCAAAUCAAAUCAAAAGGGGCCGUUCAUAUUAUGUUUUUCAAAAAAGCAGUGAAUUGUGAACUCGAUGUACCUGUACCAAACUUGCCAGGAAUGUGUGAACUCGCUAUAUUUUAUACUUUAUACAAGCGAAGUGUGAUCUCGCUAGCUGGGCAAUCGUUGACGUUGGCAAUAAUAAAGUUGUAUACUGAGAAUGUCAAAAGAUCAAGCCAACAAGGUAUUGUAUAUCAAAUUUUACAAAUAUAUAGGUUGUAUGGCAAUUAGAAAAUUGCCAAUAAAAAUAGUUUUAUAUUGCACUAAAAUGAUUAUUAAUAUUGUUAUUAUGGGAAUAUGAUACAUUGCAGUAUAAAAGCCCUGCAUAAAAGAACCAGUGAAUUUUGACUUCAGGCUGAAGUGGUUCUUUAAUCUUUAUAUAUAAUCUUACUUCACACUAUACCUUUUUAUAUUCUACACAUUAAAUAGGGACUGUUGUUGCAUAAAACUAUUGCUAUACACUAAUAUGGUUCUUGUUGCAUAUUAUUAUAUCUAAACUGUAAAAGAAUUUAAAACUUUGGCUGCUUAAUUGCCCAAACUUCAGGCUAGUGGUCUUUUAUGCGGGGCAUAGACCUUAUGCAUAAUGACGUCUCAAGGCUUGGUGCCUGCGAGGAAUACUGGUCUUAGUAGUCAUGACGGUCCAGGAAAAUUUCAAUAGUGGCCAUUUUGAAUUGUUUAAUUCUCCCGGGCGAUGACCAGCAUUCCGGGCAUCAAGCCUUAUGACAUCAUUAUGCAUAAGGUCAAAUGAGCAGUAUGAUGUCCGAAUUGGAAGACACAAUUGCAUACGAAUGAAAAAUUAUCUGAGUGACUUGUUUUCAAUAAUGCUCGCAAUUUCUUUCUUAUUAUAUAGUUUUGCAGUUCUGACUACUGAGUGCAAUCUUAGUCAUUUAUACAAUGAAUGGUGUCAUACGAAGCUGACAUAUGAAACAAAAAUGUCAACAAAAUAGAUUUUGUCUCUCCAUUGGCUGAUUGUUCAGUUGUUCUGCAGUAGGGGUGGCCUUGAAGGUGCCAUUAAAAUGAUAAUUGGGACAAAAACUGACUUACUGGUAAUAUUUCUAUGUAUGAAAUUGUUAUUAAAUUCUACAUAUCCAAUGAUUCAUUCAAGUAUUAUUAUCAUUUGUUAUCUAUGAUAUUGGACAGUAUUCAGUG